AUGUUUCUGUCUCCGGAUCGCGACCUGUCGCCCGGAUCGCCCGAUCUCGGAGGACACACCCCAGCGGUCCCCGAUCGGCCUGGGUCUCCGCGCCAUCUAGAUCAUCCCGGAUCGCAGAUCCCUCGUCUGCAGGACAAGUUAAAACCUGCUCCAUCGUCUUAG